CAGGCUCAGUGAUGCCGAAAAUUUACAACAGCUCUCUAGCAACACCAUCCACCACUUUGAGCUCUAUUUUCACUGCUGUCAGCGCCGAAUAUCAAAUUACCAGUUCCCUUUUUCAACUCCGACCACCCUACGUUCAAUUAGUGCAGCAUAAUACCAUUCGCCUACGAUGAAGAGACGCGCUGCGUCCCCGACUCCGUCGGAGCACGAGGUCGAUAUUGCGGGGUCCCUGUUUGCCGACGAGAGUGAUGGCGAUUUUGAGGUUGUCAAGAAUGGUGCUGAGGCGGAUUUCGAUCUUGAUUUCGGAGAUCUCUUAACAGCAGGCGAUGGCGAUUCGAAUGCCGAGGACGAUGAAGACUUCAUUGCUACCGCUCAGCGCAAGUCCAACAGGAAAAGCUCGAAUGUGCAGGGCAAGUCGGUAAAGAAGGGUGGUGGUUUCCAGGCCAUGGGCCUCAAUGCGAAUUUAUUACGAGCCAUCACAAAGAAGGGCUUUUCUGUCCCGACUCCAAUUCAGAGGAAGACAAUCCCUCUGGUCCUGGAAAGAAGAGAUGUUGUGGGUAUGGCGCGCACAGGUUCAGGAAAGACAGCCGCCUUCGUCAUCCCCAUGAUCGAGCGUUUGAAGGGACACAGCCCCAAGGUCGGCGCCAGAGCCUUGAUUCUCUCCCCGUCUCGUGAACUGGCGCUACAGACAUUGAAGGUUGUGAAGGAACUCGGUCGCGGCACAGAUCUGAAGACGAUUCUCCUCGUUGGUGGUGACAGCCUGGAGGAGCAGUUCGCCCAGAUGGCCACGAACCCCGAUAUCGUCAUUGCUACCCCUGGUCGUUUCCUGCAUUUGAAGGUUGAAAUGAACCUCAACCUCUCCUCGAUCAAAUACGUGGUCUUCGACGAAGCCGAUCGCCUGUUCGAAAUGGGUUUUGCCGAGCAGCUAACCGAGAUUCUUCACGCGCUGCCAUCAUCAAGACAGACUCUGCUAUUUUCGGCUACUCUGCCAUCCUCCUUGGUUGAGUUUGCCAGAGCUGGUUUACAGGAGCCGAGCUUGGUGAGAUUGGACGCUGAGACCAAGGUGUCUCCCGAUAUGGAGAGUGCCUUCUUUUCUGUCAAGGGUGGUGAGAAGGAGGGCGCUCUGUUGCAUAUUCUUCACGAUAUUAUCAAGAUGCCAAUGGGAACGCCAGAAGGAGCACCAAAAGACGAGGCUGAUCCAAAUAACUCUCGGGGGAAGCGCAAGCGUGUCAGCGACAGACUCAGUUUCAAGGAGAAGCCGACAGCACACUCUACAAUCAUCUUCACGGCUACCAAGCAUCACGUCGAGUACAUUGCACAUCUCCUUCGUCAUGCCGGCUUCGCUGUUUCCUACAUUUACGGUUCUUUGGAUCAAACCGCUAGGAAGAUCCAAGUUGAUGACUUUAGACGAGGAAGAACGAAUAUUCUGGUAGUCACAGACGUUGCGGCUCGUGGUAUCGAUAUUCCAGUUCUCGCCAAUGUCAUCAACUACGACUUUCCUCCACAGCCCAAGGUUUUCGUCCAUCGUGUCGGUCGUACGGCUCGUGCUGGCCAGCGCGGUUGGGCUUAUGCUCUUGUACGGGAGUCUGAUCUGCCCUAUCUCAUCGAUCUUCAGCUCUUCCUCGGACGGAGGCUGGUUAUGGGUAAAGAUGGACAAGACCCCUCAUUUGCUCAGGAUGUUGUGCUCGGUGCGUUGAAGAGAUUGGAGCUCGAGAACCAGACUGAGUGGGUCAACAAGGUUCUGAACGAAGAGGGCGACAUCAGUGCGCUCAGGGGUGUUACGCUCAAGGCUGAGAAGCUCUAUAUGAGGACCAGAAACUCGGCUUCCAGCUCCAGUGCCAAGAGAGCUCGCGAGAUCAUCAACUCAAAGGGUUGGACACAACUUCAUCCCUUGUUUGGCGUGGAGGCGAUCAAUGCCGAGGAAGCUCGUGACAAUCUCCUCUCCAAGAUCAGCUUGUUCAAGCCUCAGGAGACAGUCUUCGAAAUUGGGCCCCAAGGAAAGUCCCACAGAAACAGAGCGGCGGAGGUGAUGCGCAGCUUCAGAACCAAGGUCGCGCCACGGAGGAUCACGAAGGGAGAAAACGAUUCUGAUGUUGACAUGUCAGAUGGCGAGGGACCCAAGGCUGACAGCGAAUUUGACUCGGAUUCUGACGAUGAACCCCCAAAGCAGGAGGAUGUGUCGGAGUCGGAGCAAGAAGAGGACGACUCGGACUCUGAAAUGGAAGUCACGGUUACUUCGUCCAAGUCAAGCAAGAAGCAAAAGGGUGGUGACCCUAUAGCGUCAUUCCAAGACCCCGAGAUUUUUAUGUCCUACACGCCACGCACGACUUCGGCGGCAGAAGAAAAGGCCUAUGGCGUCCACUCCGGUGGUGUCAACUCGUCUCAUUUCGUCACCGCCGCCCGCGACGCUGCCAUGGACCUCACCAACGACGACGGCGCCAAGGCCUUCGGCUUGCCUACCCGCUCCAAACUCCGCUGGGAUAAGCGCCACAGCAAAUACGUCGCCCGUGCCAACGAUGACGACGGCUCCAAGGGCGUCAAGAUGAUCCGUGGUGAGUCCGGUGUCAAGAUCGCGGCGUCCUUCCAAUCCGGCAGAUUCGACAAGUGGAAGAAGUCCAACCGUAUUGGUCGCCUGCCUGGUGUUGGCGAAUUGGAAAAGCCUGGCCUGGCCAGGCUUGCCAACGGUCCUGGCCACCAGGAAGGUGGCACCAGGUAUAAGCACAGGCAAGAAAAGGCCCCCAAGGAAGCUGACAAAUUCCGUGAUGAUUAUCAUGUGAGGAAGAAGCGGGUGGCCGAAGCCAAGGAAAAGAGGAUUGGCAAGUUCAAGGAUGGGGAAGGCUCGAAGCGGGAGUUGAAGAACGCUACGGACAUCAGGAAGGCACGUGUCAUCGCUGAAAAGAAGAGGGAAAAGAAUGCUAGGCCCAGCAAGCGUCCUAGGAGGUAAAGAUUACGGUGUAGAUAGGGGGGGUGAUAGUGUUUCUGGCAGGA